AUGGAUGUUAGGAAUGCAAAGACUGAUGUGGUUGCGGUUUCUGUGGAUCAUAAUUUUUCAACUUAUCUUCACAAUGGUUUUCUUUCUGUUGUGCCUGGAAAAAAGGAUUCUGGUAUUAUGUUGCAGAGAAAUAAAUGCCAAUUCUCAGGUAUUGAUGAAUCUUCUGCUAUAUCAGCUGUCAUGGAAGGCGUACAUGUGGUGAAUGGUUUGGAGUAUAAGAUGUAUUGCAGCUCAUCAAAGUUUGAUGGAUUUCAGAAGAAUUCUAUCCAAAUGGUAAAACCAGCAAAAGGAACAACAACUUUGGCUUUUAUUUUUAAGGAAGGUGUGAUGGUUGCUGCAGAUUCCCGAGCUAGCAUGGGAGGCUAUAUAUUUGACGGGGAGAGUGGAAAAAAAAGACGAUGGUCAGAGGGGAUUCACCUGGUUGUGGAGGCAAAAGAAGGGUUACCAAUCCAGGCUGAUUCAGUUGUAGUGGCACAAAUCACAUACCAAUCAAUGUUUAAGCUUUAUCCAAAGCUUUCAGGGAUGACAGGAACUGCAAAAACUGAACAUCCUACUUUCAUUGCUUUCUACCAUACUAGCAUACUCUUUAAAAAAGAUAUCUUUCAUAAGGCACUGUACUUUGAAAACUAUACCACUUAUGGUUAUAGCUCUAAAUACGUGGGCAAAAGUGAGAACAAGAGUUGGACAUAUGAGAAGGCAAAAUCUAUAAUUUCAGAGUCAAUUGAAAUGAGCCAGUCAAUGGGUUUAGAUGAACUGCAAAGGCUUGUGGAAGAACAGGCAGAGAUGUACCCUCUUGGUCCUUGCAUUGCAAUUGCCUAUUUAUCGGUUCUAAAGGACUGUGAGAUUCAUUGCUUUCAUGAAGGAUUGGAAGUCAAACGACUUGGUGGUCUCCAUGUCAUUGGGACAUCUCUGCAUGAGUCCCGAAGAAUUGAUAAUCAGAGCAGGAAGGCAAGGAGAUCCUGGAUCAACACGCUUCAUGGUCAGGUAAGUUCUGUUAAAUGA